AUGGAGUUCCAGGAGCGCGGCUUGCCUCUCGCUGGCUCCCCGGGAAACCUGUGCGGCGGAUGUCAUAAGAGCGAACGGAUGCGUGAGGACAUGUCCGCGGUGUUGAAGCCGGAGGAGGGGGACUCCGGCGAGCGUAUGUCCCAGGAUGAGAUCGUGUCCCGGACUCGGCAGGUCGUGGCCGGCCUGGAGGCGCUGAAGCAGGAACACAGCUCCAUCCUGGACGGACUCACGGGGACACUGCACUGCUUCAAACAGGGGGGCCCAGGGGGAGGCAGCGGGCUCGAGCAGGGGGAGGUGCUGGAGGAGAAGAGCCUGAUGAUCCGGAAGAGCCUGGACAUGCUGGAGCUGGGACUGAGCGAGGCCCAGGUGAUGAUGGCGCUGUCGAGUCACCUCAGCGCUGUCGAGUCGGAGAAGCAGAAGCUGCGCGCUCAGGUGCGACGCCUGUGUCAGGAGAACCAGUGGCUCCGGGACGAACUGGCAUCAACUCAACAGAAGCUGCAGCGGAGCGAGCAAAGCGUGGCCCAGCUGGAGGAGGAGAAGAAGCACCUGGAGUUCAUGAACCAGCUCAAGAAGUACGACGAGGACCUGAGCCCCAGCGAAGACAAAGACCUCGACUCCAGCAAAGAGACUCUGGACGACCUCUUCCCUGACGACCAAGACGAACCCGCCCCAGGAAUCCCCACAGCGCACUCGUCAGCUGCCGUAGCUGCCGCUCAGGGAGGAUACGAGAUCCCGGCUCGUCUCCGCACGCUCCACAACCUGGUGAUCCAGUACGCGUCGCAGGGCAGAUACGAGGUGGCGGUGCCCCUCUGCAAACAGGCCCUGGAGGACCUGGAGAAAACCUCAGGACACGACCAUCCGGAUGUGGCCACCAUGCUCAACAUCCUUGCUCUGGUCUACAGAGAUCAGAACAAAUACAAGGAGGCGGCGAACCUUCUGAACGAUGCACUGGCCAUCAGAGAGAAGACUCUGGGGAGGGACCAUCCAGCUGUGGCUGCGACGCUCAACAAUCUGGCUGUUCUCUACGGGAAACGAGGGAAGUACAAGGAGGCCGAGCCGCUGUGCAAGAGGGCGCUGGAGAUCAGGGAGAAGGUCUUGGGUAAAGAACACCCGGACGUGGCGAAGCAGCUGAACAACCUGGCGCUGCUGUGUCAGAAUCAGGCCAAGUACGAGGAGGUGGAGCUGUACUACAGGAGAGCACUGGACAUCUACCAGAGCAAGCUGGGCCCAGACGACCCCAACGUGGCCAAGACCAAGAACAACCUGGCCUCUUGUUAUCUGAAGCAGGGGAAGUUCAAACAGGCAGAAACUCUGUACAAAGAAAUCCUGACCCGAGCACACGAGCGCGAGUUUGGCUCCGUGGACGAUGAGAACAAGCCGAUCUGGAUGCACGCAGAGGAGCGGGAGGAGCAGAGCAAGGGGAAACAGAAGGACGGCUCGCCUUUCGGAGAGUACGGAGGAUGGUACAAGGCCUGCAAGGUCGACAGUCCCACAGUCACCACCACGCUGAAGAACCUUGGCGCCCUCUACAGGCGGCAGGGGAAGUUUGAAGCAGCAGAGACACUGGAAGAGGCGGCCAUGAGGUCCAGGAAGCAGGGCCUGGACUCUGCCCAUAAGCAGCGUGUGGCUGAGGUUCUCUCUGACCCUGAGCAGAGAGAGAAGCAGCGCAGCCGCGAGAGCCUCACCUCAGACACCGUCAAGUACGAGAGCGGAACCAACGGAGGAGAAGCAGUGAGUAUGAGCCUGGAGUGGAACGGGGACGGCUCUGGUUCUCUGAAGAGGAGUGGAUCGUUCAGUAAACUCCGCGCUUCUCUUCGUCGCAGCAGCGAGAAACUGGUGCGAAAACUGAAAGGCGGAGCGUCCAGAGAGGAGCCCAAGAACUCUGGCAUGAAGCGUGCCAGCUCCAUGGGUUUUCUCAAUGUGUUGGACAGAGCUGCACCAGAACUGCACCAAUGGUCAGACCGGUUUGGCUCCAUCGGCUCUGGACCUCAGUGGUCAGACCGGUUUGGCUCCAUCGGCUCUGGACCUCAGUGGUCAGACCGGUUUGGCUCCAUCGGCUCUGGACCUCAGUGGUCAGACCGGUUUGGCUCCAUCGGCUCUGGACCUCAGUGGUCAGACCGGUUUGGCAGCAGCACCAGCUCCUUAUCCAUCUGCUCAGAGCGAAAUCAUCGUCUGAAGAGGAGCGACCUGAGUGCCAGCUCCACCAACCUGCUGCUCUGA